AAAAAUAGACAGCGUAAAACGCGUCAGAACUUUUUGAGGUAGUAAACAGUAAACAAUCAAUCUUUUUAAAUUUGUUUUGUGUUUUUCAAUCUGCUGAGAUUUUCAUUAUGUGUGUUGAAUAAGGGCUUCUAUUUUACAAACUCUAGAUUAAAACUUUCUCCAUUUAAUUAAGUGGUACUUUCUAAUGAGUGGCGAUCUCCAAUAAUUGCGAUUAAACAUGUUCACAUUGAAGAAAAUAAUGUCCAAAGAUACUAAGCAUUUAAUGCAAUAAAUUUUCAAAGAAAAGCAGUAAAAAAAUCUUAUACCACAAAAAAGUCUUGCCCAUCUAAAGUAUGAGAUAAAAUUUACUCUAAACAUUUGGUUUAACUUAACACUUUGGUGUAACACAAAUAUAUUCAUUUUGUCAGCAGAAAUGUUGUUUGAACAUACUUAACUGCCAUCAUGUUAAAAUGAAGCCUUAAUCCCACUGUAGAUGUUAAAAUGUUUUUAUAAAAAAGUAAUAUUUAGUAAAUUCAAAUUGAAAGGAAUUCUUUUGCGUGUUGUAAUACAUUCUUGAACACUGCUUAGAUAUGUUUUUUAUGUUUAUUCUGGAGAGCUGACUUAUCACUGCUGGACUUUGAAAGGACAUAGAAAAGUACUUUGAAUAAAUAUUCUUUUAUAUUUAUUUAUACAAGUGAAAAACUUCACUCAGGCAGUAUGGGUGAAAAACCUUAUCAAGUUAACCGUAAUUUUAAUAAACUUGAUCUUGUUCAUACCAAUGAGAAAUCUUAUUCAUGCCAUGUGUGUGAUAAAUCUUUCUCCAAGAAAUCUCAUUUAUUUCAACACUCUAUUGUUCACACUGGAGAGAAGCCUUAUUCAUGCAAUGUGUGUGAUAAAUCUUUUACACAUAGAUUUGGUUUAAAUAGACACGCUCUUGUUCAUAGUGGAAAGAAAGCCUAUACAUGCAGUGUAUGUGAUAAAACAUUCUUACUGAAAUCACAUUUAAAUAGUCACACUCUUCUUCAUACUGGUGAGAAACCUUAUUCAUGCAGUGUGUGUGGUAAAUCUUUCACACAUAAGUUUGGUUUAAAUAGACACACUCUUCUUCAUACUGGAGAGAAACCUUAUCCAUGCAGUGUGUGUGAUAAAACAUUCUUACAUAAAUCACAUUUAAAUAGCCAUAUUCUUCUUCAUACUGGAGAGAAACCUUAUUCAUGCACUGUGUGUGAUAAAUCUUUCACACAGGCAUCUGGUUUAAAUAAACAUAUUCUUCUUCAUACUGGAGAGAAGCCUUAUUCAUGCAGUGUGUGUAAUAAAUCUUUCACACAGAAAUCUAAUUUAUACCAACACUCUCAUGUUCAUGCUGAGGGGAAAAGAGAGAAACCUUAUUCAUGCAGUGUGUGUGGUAAAUAUUAUCUUAAUAAAAGAAAUUUAAUCAGACAUUCUGUAGUCCAUACAGAAAAAAAACCUUUUUCGUUAGACAUGAAAGUUUCAAUUUCCAGUUAAUAACCAGUGGUCAUACUCUAAUUACUCAAUGUUUACUUUUUCCUCAAAUAAUAAGUCCGGUGACCAGUAUAGAUAGGUCCUGUUCAUUUUAUAGCCACUAUUUGCCAACCUUUUUACUUGGAUUAAACUAUAUAUUUAAAAGGAAAAAAAUUCAUAUUUGAAAUUAUCUAUAAAUAUGCUAUAAAAUUUUGUUAAACAUUCUGACUUUAAAUUUACCUAUAUGUAAUAACUUUGAAAUAUGUUUAUUUCAAGCUUCAUUUUCCACCCUGUGAUAUUGAACCAAGAAACUCUCGAUCAUUUUAUAAUGGUCAAUAUAAUCAAGAAAAAGAGUUCUAUGUAAAAAAAUUAAUUUAUUGCUUAAUUUACUUCAAUUUAAUUUUAAAAUUUCACUUGUUGUUAUAAUUUACUCUGUAAAAAUUGUUAUUUUAACUUGAUCAUGUUAAGUCUUUAAAAAUUAUUUUGUAUUUUGUUCAUGUAAAUAGUACUUAAAAAUAUUUUGAGUUCUUAAAAAGUACUUAAAAGGUGCUUAUUUUUUGUAGAAAGAUUUGGCUAUGCACCCUGAUCUAGUUUGUUGGUGGAAAAGGUGGUGAUGGGGUGAUUAAUUUAAUACUUUUUCAAUGGUGGAAAAGCAUCAAAACUUUUCUCUAAAACAUAUUGAUAUUUACAUCUUUCUAUAUUGAUGGUAUCAACUGGUAUUGAUAUUUUUGCUCGCCUAGUAUAAUGAUUUUAAAAGUCUGGCUUUCGAAUUUUAUAGAUUAUGAGUUGACCCUCAACACUUAGCUUCAGAACGUUGAAUAUUAAAAUAAUUGGGUGUCGAAAAAGUCAAUUCACAUUUGUUGGGGGGAAAAGAUGUAAAAUUGGAUCUUUCAAAACUUUAAUUAUUUUUUGUAUUCCAGUCACAGUGAGAAAAAUAUUUCUGAUAAUAAAAAUAAUUUAAUCAUGCAACUCAACGAUAUUUUACUAUCUUUUUUUUUUUAAUGAAAAAUAAUUUAAACCCUUAUGAUACCGAAAAUCAUGCAGAUUACCCUGGUUUAAGAUGUAGGGUGUGGUUUGAGGUUAAAUUUUUUAUUUAUUCAUAAGCAAUAUUUUUUGCAUUUUUAAGAAAUAUUUCUCAUUAAAAUAUCUCUCUUCAUUAUUUAAUGCAGUAUAUUUGGAAAAAAAUCAGCAUCACAUUUCGUAUUUAUAUUAUAUUUUUAAGAGAAUAAAAUUGCAUUACUGUCCCUUGUCAAAAACAGACUUUUCUGAACGUUUUAAGUAAUUUACUAUAUUCUGAUAUACUAUGACUGCCUACUUGAAUAUGUAUAAUAAAUAUUCUUAGAAUAA